GGGCUGAUAAGAUUACCCGGUCUAACUCCAACGUGCAGAAAAAACUCCUUGAUUGUGACCGGGGUAAAUUAUGUCAGUGGAUUAAUCAGGGAAUAAGAAAUUGAUUUCUUUAAAAUGAAGCCUCUUCGGACAUUUUUCGCUUUAAUACUUAUCUUGAAGACUGAAGCUAAUCCUUACUGUUUACCUAAUACAACCAGCGCUCCAAGUCCAAAGGAACCACCUUUCCCAACAUUACCCGACACUUUUCAAAGUCGAGUGGAGGCCACCAUCGUAGAUAAGAAAAUGACCGUGUCCGCGGAGGAAUAUUUCGACAACAGGAAUAACAGGGCCACUCUCAUCAUGACCUCGGCUGGCAACACCCCAGACACAUUGGUGUAUGACUACGCCAACGAUCAGCUGUUUUAUAUUCAUGGUGGUCGAUGUCAGACUAAUGAUCUUUUACACGAUCCCAACAACUACCUGUUUGGAAAUAAACAACAGAAUGGUGUUGCCCACACAUUCACAUCAAAUGGCGCCUUACACUUCAUGAAAUCCUACGGUCAGACAUAUAAGGGCCAAACCAUAGUAAGGGGGAAAAAUGCAGAUCAUUGGAGCACGUGUUUGCAAUGGCCGAACCCCAACGCCACUUUUACCUUGGAUUAUUACUUUACUGCUACUGAUUGGGUCAAUCCGGUGGCAAUACAACAAAUUCCACUAAGAGCUGAGGCUCUCGGGAUUCAGGUGUUUCCAAACUCAUCUCAACGAAUGUUCCACCAUAUCUAUGACUACUAUGACUUCCGGUUCGAUUUAACAGUUGAAGAUACAAUAUUUCAGACGCCUCCAGGAGUCUAUUGCGCGAAUCGAAAACUGACUAAGAAGAUUCCGGAUAUUGUGAACUCCCAAGUUUAUCAUUACAGAACGGAGAUAGUGUCCGAAGACGAGGGAACUGUGCAAACCAGCAUUAUAUAUUACAAUGAACAAUACAAACUUGUACGUUAUGACUACAAGAACCUGGCCAAUCUCCUACCCACAUACUCCCAGAAUCCCCUGUCUGAGAUACACGACUUCAAUGCUGGUGUUCGUUAUAUCAAGGAUUUGGUAGUGGGUAAUUGUUCCGUAUUUCCUUUGAGUAACAAUUCCAUUGACAGCGUGGAAUCGCAUGAAACUUUUUAUGGCAACGGAACUGAAAAAUCCGGAUAUUCACUUCACUUGAAAAACCCCCUUCAAUUUUUAAAACUUGACACAACUUACGAUUAUAUUGGUCAGAGGCGCUGUCGAGGUAACGCUAUGUGCGAUGUCUUCAGUGGUAUUCGAUCGGAUUACAUGGAUACCAAUGGAUUUAAAAAGAAUGCCACUUUCGACUAUUAUUUUUUAUCAGACGAAUUUUCGGAAAUUUCCAUCGACAGUUCUGGCUACGAUCCUUCUAACGUUCCUUACCAGCUACUGGUGACUCUUCUCGGAACUGAUGGAUCUCCGCAGUACUCCGUGACGUAUAACUUUGUGGAUUACGGGUUCGAGGACCAAGACAUCAGUGUAUUCGAUGUGUCCUCUUGUUACUCUGCUUCAGCCAAUCUACAAUUCCAAGUCAAAAUGCCAGGUAUAUUUCACAAAGCAGACGAAGAACGACUAAAAAUCAAAGCCCAGAUGAAAUUUGUAGAGACUUUGAAUGUGUCCGCCAUUCGUGUGCAGGACCUUCGAUUAGAUUACGACAACUCGAAUAUCUACAUAUCUGCUACCUUGUUGGACAGGUCCCCUGCAUCAGCUCAGUUUACCCACAUCCGCGGACAACAGCUAAGCAGAACAGGAGACAUGCAUUAUGAUAAUGUACAGAGUCCUGAAGAUUGUGCAAAAUAUUGCGUCACCAAUUACGACUUCACAUGCAACAGUUUUGAUUUCUGUGCGACUGGGACCAACAACUGUCGACUGAACAAAAGACAUAUAGGGGACGGUGCUACUCUCUCCACCAGCCCAUGUGAUCAUUUCUCUAGAAACAUCAACGGUCCCAUUGUCCAGGAGACGCCUGUAGAUCAGGCGUAUGAUAAUCUAAAGACGGCAGUGUAUCAAAAGAAAUUCCGGCUGCAGGUUUUCGGUCAACAGGACUUUGACUCAUAUGCGGUGGAUGUUCGAAUUCUAUUUGGUUGGAUGGAAAAUGUAACACUACCUUCCAUAGCGGGACAGUUUUCAUACGGACUGGAGAUUGUUGAUCCAGCAACCCAGAACGUCAUCUCCGCAAACGUUUGGUAUGACAUGACUUAUGGGUUGGUGCGCUUCGAUCUGACUAAUACUAGUCCAUCUCCGCCGUUCUACACGACUAACCCGAUCACAACGAUAGAGGACUUCAAUACUGGAACAUCUUACAGCAUUGACCGUUCCCUUGGCAACUGUACCAUACACCCCAUACAGCUCGGAAGCUUCGCAACUCAACAGGACAAAACGGCACUCAUGAAGAACGGGGCUUAUGUUAUAAAGAUGAAAGGACCUUUGGACAUUUUCUCAAUGAACGAGUCCUAUCGAUGGGCUGGCCAAAGAACUGUGCGAGGAAUGCUUUGCGACGUCUUUGAGGCUACGACAACUGAUUUCAAGGUUCCAUCCAUAACCCAGACUUUCACAAGCGUUCUCCAAUUCUUUUUCAUGUCGGACAGUUGGUCAGAAACACCAGAUACAGACUCAAACCCUGUGAAUGCCCAGCCAAUCAAACUGGUCAUAUCCUCAGCAGAGGUUGGGCUAUCCUUGACAUAUAAUUUUUACAACUUUAACGAGGAGGACCCCGAUCUAAAGAAUUUCGAUAUAACGCCAUGUUUUACGGCAGAUCAACAAGAGAAUUUUGUCAUCGUGUUCAAUGGUUCCUACCAUCCAUAUUUAAAUACGAAUGAGAAGUUUUUUGAAAAGGCUGCUAGGGUUAUGAUGUCGGAAUCCUCUAAGGCGUCCCCGUUACGGUUCCAGAAACUAGAGGUCACUUACGACAGUGUCUCCCCCUACUUAUUCCUAAUCGGAACACUGGUCGACCCCGCCCCUUUUAUUGAUGAUUUUACACAAACAAAUACGGGCAUGAACCCACCUAAAGGCGCCCUGACCCUUACAAGCAUUGCCUCAGCGGCAGCGUGUGCCAGCCAAUGUCGCCAGAACUCAAAGUUCCCAUGUCAGGGCUUUUAUUACUGUUCCACUGGGUCAACCUGUGUAUUGAGACCGACCCACGCCGACUCCAGUACCUCUACCAACAGUGCAUUGUUAUGUGACCACUACUCAAGAACUGUAAAUUCGACAUCCACUGUGCAACCACCAACUGACGUCAUAGUAUCGAAGAUUUCCAAUUCAAUCUACGAUGGCUUAAUACAAGUGCCCGUUAAUUAUGGAAGUGCAAUUUACACAUUUAACGCAACGAAUAUUAGGACACGUAUUCUAAGAAACGGAAGACCAAGUGAAUCAAAUCUACUUCUGACACAUUUCUACAUCUAUCGCCAAUACUUUAUUUUUACCAAUACCGACACUUCCAUUGCUGGGUUGUCGGUUGAGGACUGCGCGCGCCGCUGUAUAAACAACAUGGAGUACGAGUGCCUAUCGUUUAGUUACUGUUUUGACCUUGGUGAUUGCUUCCUUAGCCACGUCCAUGCGGACAACUCCUCUGGAAUAGUACAACGUCAGGAAUACUGUGAUUUGUACUCACGUUAUUUUCUUGAUCAGUACACAGAAUCCUCUGGUUUGACGUAUUCAGUAAAGGCUGACGCAACACUCCCCAAUGUGCCAUCCGCAAACCUUUGUGCAAAGCUUUGCUCACAAUAUACUGCAUUUCAGUGCAAAUCUUUUGAAUACUGUACAAGUACCAAAAACUGUCUCCUGUUGAAGAUGCAUGAACUUGAUAUGGUGGGAAACACAGCUUCAAAGAGUCUUACAUGCUCCUUUUACAGCAAGAACUAUUUCUAUGACUUCAAGUUGUUAAAAAGGAUGACAAUAUCGUUUACAAACGUUCUGGAAUUUUCGAAUAUCACCAGUUCCCAGUGCGCCAAACUAUGUGUGGAACAGGAAGGAGCAGCCUGCAGGAGCUUUGCAUAUUGCAAUAUGACGUCAUUGUGUAGACUGACAUCAUCUCAUCCGUUUCAGUCUGGAAACGCUGUUUCUAAGAGCGACAUGUGUGACUUAUAUUCAAGAAAUUUUUACCAGCCGUCAUCGUAUUCUCAACCAAGUAAAAUUCAAGGCAGGAGGUCAAGCCAACCUAGUAAUGGCUAUAGCGGAGGCUCAUUGGCCGGAGCAUCUAUAGCUCUAUUUAUCGUUGGGUUGGCGAUUGGUGUGGGCGGCAUAUACUUGUAUAGAUACAGAAAAGAAAGGCAAGCCACUGAUAACAUUGAUCUAGUUCAACAAUUUGGUGAAAAUCCGAAUUAUAACAAUUUAGAGUCUGAGAAUUAUGACGAAAACACGCAAGACAGUGAAAGGAAUACUUGAUGUAGCCCGACUCUAGCAUCAAGCUAAUUUUGAGAGUUAUUUAAUUUGAGAGAGAGAGAGAGAGAGAGAGAGAGAGAGAGAGAGAGAGAGAGAGAGUGGGAGAGAGAGAGAGAGAGAGAGAGAGAGAGAGAGAGAGAGAGUAUGUGUUUUUGUGUGAGAAGUUGUGUGUUUUGCCCUUGAAUUGUAUUUACGAUUUUCAAUUUUAUAAACAUUUGCAUUUUUGAAACUUAUAAAAUUAAACAGUAAAACGUGAUGUUAUUUUUCAUUGAAUAAAGUAGA